AUGCGACACUGUCUUGCUGCUAGUCAUUUCACGAUUGUCGACGAGUCGCUUUUCUACAUUGGAUACUGGGGUCGUCAUCUGAAAAGCAGUCAGUAUCGCACAUUAAAACCCUAUCAAAAGGUGAAUCACUAUCCAGGAGCUUUCCAUAUUGGUCGAAAGGAUCGUCUAUGGAUGCAUAUCGAGAAACAGCAGCGACGCUUUGGCGAGAAGGUCUACGGCAUCAUGCCAAAGACAUACUUGCUUCCGAAGGACUACGAACAGAUGCGGGAAUACCUCGCUGCCUCGCCGUCCAAUCACGUCAUCAUCAAACCGCCGGCAAGCGCUAGAGGUACUGGUAUAAGCGUCACUCGGAAAAUCAAAGACAUACCUGAAAAGACUCAACUCGUGGCGCAACCCACCCACCCCUACAUCCCUGAAAAGACUCAACUCGUGGCGCAACACUAUGUGGAUCGUCCACUGACGAUAAACGGAGCGAAAUUCGACCUUCGUCUCUAUGUGUAUGUCCCAUCGUUGGAGCCAUUGCGUAUUUACAUUUACGAGGAAGGAUUGGUGCGAUUCGCGAGCGUGCCGUGA